AUGGAGGGGCUAGAAGUAGCUGCAGCAGAUUCCCUUUGGUGGGACAGUGAGUCUGUGGAUCCCGAAGCAGCAGACGCAGCAAUAGCAGCAGCAACAGCAGCAGCAGCAGCAGCACCAACAGCAGCAGCAGCAGCAGCAGCAGCAGCAGCAGCAGCAGCAGAUACUUUUGAAGUUAGCUGCGAUGAGCUGCUGCGCCGAUCCCGGAGGAAGGAGAUCGCCUCCCCCCGCACUGUCUCUGCUGCUGCAGCAGCAAGCUGUCUCCCUCCUGCAGCAGCAAGCAGACGCAGCAGCAGCAGCAGCAGCAGCAGCAGCAACAGCAGCAACAGCAGCAACAGCAGCUGCAGCAGCUACGUCACCGCUAGGCAUCCAUCUGCACCGCAGCUCAACGCACCCACCGACGGCCUGCAUGUACACCCCACACAGCAGCAGCAGCAACAGCAGCAGCAGCAGCAGCAACAGCAGCAGAGGCUGCAGCAGGAACAGUCUCAUCGCCGCUACGUGGGGUGGGCACCAGCAGCAGAGCAGCAGCAGCAGCAGCAGCAGCAGCAGCAACAGCAGCAACAGCAGCUGCAGCAGCUACGUCGUGCUGCUGCAUCUGCUGCUCAGGCAGCAGCAACGCAUGCAGCAGCAGCAGCAACAGCAGCAGCAGCAGUAGCAGCAACAGCAGCAGCACGGCAGCAGAGCAGCUCUCGUCGUAAGCAUGGGGUCCCCCCCUCUCCGCUGGGUUUGCUGGAGCUUGGGGGCAAUCGUUCUGCUGCUGCUGCUGCUGCUGCUGCUGCUGCAGCAGCAGCAGCAGCAGCAGCUCGCUCCAGGCGAAGCAGCAAAGCGCCGCAUGCAACACACCCAGCAGCAGCAGCAGCAGCAGUUGCUGCUGCAGCACGGCUGAAGCUACUCCCCACACAAGGCGUCUCCCGCUGGGAGACGAUCCCAGACAGCGGCUUCUACGUUCCCCGGCCUAGGCUAAGAGGUAUAAAGAAAUGGAUGAGGAGACAAGCAAGAGGCCAGGGGGAGCUGGAGCGUUUGCUGCUGCAGCAGCUGAACCCAGAAGCACUAACGGAUACUCCUGCUGCUGCUCUCACUGCUGCUGCUGCUGCUGCUGCUGCUGCUGAUCAUGAUUCAGAAGGAGAAACCAACAGCAAGGAUGACAACAACCGCAGCAACAGCAGCAGCAGCAACAGCAGCAGCAGCAGCAGCAGCAGCAGCAGCAGCAAGAAUGCAUAUAGAAUGCCGUGGGAAGCAGAAUUGGAGGUCUGCUGCUGCAGCCUCAAGUGCAGCAGCAGCAGCAGCAGCAGCAGCGAUAGCAGCAGCAGCAGCAGCAGCAGCAGCAGCAGCAAGAAUGCAUAUAGAAUGCCGUGGGAAGCAGAAUUAGAGGUGUGCUGCUGCAGCCUCAAGUGCAGCAGCAGCAGCAACCAGCAGCAGCAACCAACAGCAGCAGCAACAGCAACAGCAGCAGCAGCAGCAGCAGCAGCAGGGAGAGAGCAGCUGGACGAAGCAGAUGCAGCACGGCUGCGCUGCUGCUGCUCCUUCCAGCAGGCCGUGGGCUGUAUCUGCAGCAGCAAACGAAUCACAGGCAAACAGCAACUCGCUUACAGUCUGUCGCGUCCUGUGAGUGCAAUGCGGGGUUUAAUAUUUAGCCGUCAGCUGCUGCAGCUGCUGCAGCAGCAGGAGGUGCAGCAGCAGCAGCACGAGCAGCUGUUUGCUGCUCUUUGGGCCCUUGCUAUGCCGACGAGGCCCCUCACCCGCCCCGUAUCUAAAGACUGGAAGCUGCUGGGGUUUCAGGGGGAGGACCCGUCUACUGACUUUCGGGGCUGCGGGCUGCUGGGGCUGCGCUGUCUGCUUUUUCUCUGCUGCAACUUUCCUCUUCUCGCGCAGCAGAUGGUGCAGCAAUGCAGCAGCAGCAGCAGCAGCAGCAGCAGCAGCAGCAGCAGCAGCAGCAGCAGCAGCAGGGGCAGUGGUGGUGGUGGCGGUGGAGAAGGCGGCAGCAACGUGGAUAGUAGCAGUGGGAUUGACAGCAGCAGCAACAGCAACAGCAGCAGCAGCAACAGCAGCAGCAGCAGCAGCGGUUGCUGCAGCUAUUCAUUCGGAAUAACAUUAAUAAAUAUAUCUGCGUGGCUGUAUCAGUGGUUGCUGCUGCGUCACGAUGUGUCUUCGUUCUUUUGCUGCUGCUUGUCUGCUGCAGCAGCAGAAAAAACAUUUUAUUAUUUAUUUGUUUUUGUUGCUGCUGCUUUCCACUCCUUCUGGGGCGCAUGCAGCCCCAAAACGCCGCUGCAGUUCCCGUUUGUUGCUGCUGCGUUUCAGCAGCAGAUUGUCUUUCCCCUUAAUAUACCUGCAUGCCAGUUGCUGCUGCAGCACGAGCAGCAGCAGCAGCAGCAGCAGCAACAAAUAUCGACACUCCAGCAAAUACACAACACACACAACAACACACACCGCCACCAACAGAAGCAGCAGCAACAGCAGCAGCAGCAGCAGAAACAGCAGCAGCAGCAGCAACAGCAGCAGCAGCAGCAGCAACAGCAGCAGCAGCAGCAGCAAGGAGAAACGCUGAGGCAGAACGCGAGAACAGCUGCGGCGGCGGAAGCAGCCAAACCAGCAGCAGCAGCAGCAGCAGCAGCACCAUCAGCAGCAGAAGCAGCAGCAGCAGCAGCAGCAAUUGCAGCAGCAGCAACAGCAGAUGCAGCGCAGCAGCGGAAGUGCCCUUGCUGCUAUGCUGCGCUCCCGCCGUCACCAUGGGAGACCUUCUGCUGCCAGCAGCAGCAGCAGCAGCAGCAGCAGCAGCAGCAGCAGCAACACCCACAGCGCCAGCAACAGCAACAGCAACUAGAGCAGCAGCAGCAGCAGCAGCAGCAGCGAAUCAUGAAUGGCGCCGCACAAACAGCAAUUGCAGCAGCAGCAACAGCAGAUGCAGCGCAGCAGCGGAAGUGCCCUUGCUGCUGUGCUGCGCUCCCGCCGUCACCAUGGGAGACCUUCUCCUGCCAGCAGCAGCAGCAGCAGCAGCAACAGCAGCAGCAGCAGCAACACCCGCAGCGCCAGCAACACCAGCAGCAACUCGAGCAGCAGCAGCAGCAGCAGCAGCGAAUCAUGAAUGGGGCCGCACAAGCAGGUGCUGUAGGCGAUCCAGCAGCAGCAGCAGCAACAGCAGCAGCAGCAGCAGCAGCAGCAGCAGCAACAAAUGCCUCAGCUAUAGACGGACGGGCUGCAGCACCAGCAGCGUAUAGAUCCAGCAGCAAGAGGAGCAGCAGCAGCAGCAGCAGCGAGAGCGUCAGUGCAGCAACACGAAGACAGCUGCUCCUGCUGCAGCAAGUGCAUCUGCAGCAGCAGCAGCAGCAGCAGCAGCAGCAGCAGCAGCAACAGCAGCAUGUUGCUGAUGCGGGGAACAACAUUUCAGUUGGUUAUGGGGGAGAUAUGGUUUGCUGCUGCAGCAGCAGCAGCAGCAGCAAGAGCCGCGACAGCAGCAGCAGCGAGAGCAGGAGGGGUUGCACGGGUGCGGGAGCAGCAGCAACAGCAGCAGCAGCAGCAGCAGCAGUAGCAGCAGCAGCACGGCUUCAAGGCUGCCACGAAGCAGCAGCAGCAGCAGCAGCAGCAGCAGCAGAAAUAUCUAUUGGCCGAUUGCCCCCCCGGGGGCCCCCAGGCACACGCUGCAGGGUAGGUGCUGCUGCUGCUGCAGACUGUCUGUUCUUAUCUGGGUUCAGCAGCAGCAACAGCAGCAGCAGCAGCAGCAGCAGCAGCAGCAGCAGUAGCAGCAGCAGCUGCUGCAGCAACAGCAACAGCAGCAGAUUCAUUAACACAAUGGUGCAUGGAAGCACCAAUGCCAGUACUACAGCAGCAGCAGCAGCAGCAGCAGCAGCAACAGCAGCAGCAGCAACAGCAGCAGCAGCAGCAGCAGCAGCACCAGCAGCAGCAGCAGCAGGAAUACAGAAGGCCUGCUGGGUGUCUCCGCCCGUAACAGGCAGCAGCAGCUUCGUUAGCAGCACGAAGAGCGAGUGUAAGGUCCCUGCUGCAGCACCAACAGCAGCAGCAGCAGCAGCAGCAGCAGCAGCAGCAGCAGCAGCAGCAGCAGCAAUGCAGCAGCAACGGCUGCAGCCUUUGUGUCUCUCCCGCGCCUGCGCCUCCAGCAUCCUCGUCCCCCGCAAGGGGGCAAACAGGUAG